AAAUAAGUGUUGAACGGUUGUUAACCGGAAGUGCUGCACUGAAUUAGCUAGUUAGUCACAGUUACGAAAUCUUCAGUAAACAGCAUCGAACGUCAGGAUCUUGUGUGUAGCAGUGCUGGUGUAGAGGACCAUCAUGUCCUCAGAUCUGCUGGUGGACCUCCACGAUGAGUUGGGUGGGGACGACUCGCCCAGUGCCGCCCUGGACCAGCUCAAAUUGGUGCCCGACAAGCAGUGGCCACCGGAUGACCCAGUGAGCGUCAGCAAGUCAGCUACAGACAUUAAGAGCCUCAGUCAAGGUUUUCACUUGGCAUGGGAUGACCCAUUUUACGACAUAGCAAGGCAUCAGAUAGUGGAAGUGGCAGGCGAUGAUAACUUUGGCCGAAAGGUGAUAGUGUUUAGCGCGUGUCGCAUGCCCCCUUCACAUCAGCUGGACCACCACAAGCUACUCAUGUACCUGAAGCAGACCUUAGAUAAUUAUGUGGAGAGUGACUACACGCUAAUCUACUUCCACCACGGCAUGACCAGCGAGAACAAGCUCUCCCUCAGUUGGCUGCGAGAUGCCUACCGCGAGUUUGAGAGGAAGUAUAAGAAGAACAUAAAAGCCUUUUACAUUGUCCAUCCCACCAUGUUUAUCAGAACGGUUCUCAUCUUCUUUAAACCACUUAUCAGCUUUAAAUUUGGCCGUAAAUUACACUAUGUGAACUACCUAAGUGAGCUGGAGGAGAUUGUCAAGUGUGACCAGCUGGUCAUUCCCAGUCGAGUCCGAGCGUAUGAUGAUAAGAUCCGUCUGAACCUGAAGCCGUCUGUUGUGUCUGGACACAUGUACCCUCCACACAGCCCCCCCCUCCCCUCUCAGCAGUUUGGAGUGCCUCUGUCAUUACUGAGAGGUAAGGGGUCUGACUCUGAGGGUGUUCCACUUGUGAUGCGAGACACCAUUAGUUUCCUCCGGGAGCAGGGUCUGCAGACAGAGGGAAUAUUCCGGCGUUCUGCUAAUGUGAGCCUGGUGAAGAACAUCCAGCACAAAUACAAUUCAGGUGAGGAGGUGAAUUUCUUUCAGCUGGAGGAUGUGCAUUUGGCUGCUGUCAUCCUGAAGACGUUCCUUCGUGAGCUACCAGAGCCUCUACUCACCUUUAAACUAUACAACGAUGUGGUAAACUUUCAGAAUGUAGACAGUGUGUCUCAAGCCAUAACGAUCCGGAACAUGCUGUUGUCCCUUCCUGAGGAGAACUACUCUUCACUGCGCUACUUGUUUCAGUUUCUUGCUCAGGUGUCAGCAGAGAGCGAGGUGAAUAAGAUGACCAACAUGAACCUGGCUGUGGUGUUUGGACCUAACCUGCUGUGGGGUCAGGAUGCUGCCAUGACACUUAGCUCCAUUGGACCAAUCAACAACUUCACACGUAUCCUGCUUGACCUGCACGAACAGGUCUUCACUCAGUAAGGAGCGGUGGACAUCCCAUUCCACCCCGUUUGUGCCCCUCCUGCUCUCUGUAACUCCUACUUCUCCUGAUGUGUCAUCCACACCCUGCCCCCCCCCCCCCCCCCCCCCCCCCCCCCCGUCCUGUACUGUUUCUUUUUUACUCUGGGGUGAGGCUCUGUAGGAGGGAAACUGCCAGGUACAGAAUUUGACUUCUUGUAUAAGACUGAGGGCCUUUUUUCAAGAUGAUAUUUUCAGACAAUACAGACAAUCAGUAAUUUUUCAUUUCUGCUAUGAUGUAUCAUAACAGUACUGUUGUGACAGAGAAUCUUUAUGUAGGUUUUGAUCAGAGACUGAAAUCAGUCACAUUCACAUAAAUGUAGCUCAGUUUUUAACAUCAUCUUUGUAAGGUUUGGGGUGGGGUGAUUAUUUUGCUAUGAUAUUGGCCCUUUUCAGUGGUUUUCAGUUGAGUCAGUGUAUAAGCUUUGCUGUGAAAAAGAAAAGCCCUUUCUACUAUGGACCAUAGUCACUGCUAUGGAUCAAUAUAAAGCACUACUACAACUUGAGACACUUGUUUUAAACUUAUGAUACUGCCUUUAAAAUUUCUGUUAUACUUUUUUUGUUUAUUUUUUUUAUUCUUGUAUAUCAUUUGUAUUAUCUUUUCUACUGUAUUGCUGUCAGUCAUUUUGUUUCAUGCUGUAGAUAAAUGCAGUAUGAUGCUUGUUUUACAUAUCCAUUCUGUAUACCACAUACAUUUCAUUUACCUUAUCACAUUGAGUAAUCAUAAUCCACAUGGUAAUCUCAGAGUUACUGGCAUACCUGAAAAUGAGUAAAGUGACAGGGGGAGGAGUUAACCCUUAAUCACCACUCUUCAUAGGACCAUUCAUACAUCUGGAGCUGGAGAAUAAGGCUCUGGGUCAUUAGGUUGUUCUGUUGCUGAGAGACCAGCAUAUUACAGCUAAACAUGCUAAUGCCUUGAAUUGUUAAUGAUCCCGGAGUGGAGAGCAUUCAGAGUAGUACUUAUGCUCUUCCUGCAAAACCACUCAUCUGAGCUGCCAUUGUCCUGCCUGACAGCCUCGGAUGUCUUUCUCUCUCUUUUCUCACCUUAAUUAUGUAUGGGUAUAUCAUAUGUGGGUAUGUUUGUUGGGUUGCUUGUGUAUCUUGAUCUGCAGUGCUGUACACUUUAAAAAAAAAAAAAAAAGGGUAAACACCCAAAGUUCAAGUUGUUGUUCAUUCCGUAGAGCAGGUUUCUCGCAAUCUGCCCUAAAGGACAGUGCUUCUGUUGGCUGUUCUGUCUGUCAUGGGCUUUGGGGAUUGUACAGAGAGCUGGAGUUCCUGCCGCUCAGUAAGGACUCCUCGUGGUGUCUUUGUUUUCUUGUACAUUUUUAGGAAACCUACAGAUCUGAAGUUGUUAUAUGUGUUGAUACUGUAGGGUGAAGUACAGCAUUGUUAUUAUAGGAGGGCUAUGAACCAACAGGGACUAUGAUUUUUCUUAAUUUCCGCAAUAAGAAGAAAUUAAGAUGGCUGACUAUUUCACACAGUAUGCAGUUCUUCCCUGUGAGAUAUAAUGUACAGAACAACAGGACUCCAGGGGUGCAGCAGGGUUCAGGAGAGUGUGGGUCUACCCAAGUGAUGUGUUUUAAAUUUCAAUAUGGAGGUAUAUCUGUUUACUCUGUAUGUAUGUCAGUCUAAAAUCCACAUUGAUAUGUGAACCGGUGACUUAAAUCAUCUAGUGAACCUACAGAAAAUUUUAAUCAUUAAGCCUACCCUGUGUUUGUGUGCCUUAUUAAGGUCAACAGGCUAUUAGAUUCGCUUGUUUAAGAUUAAAGCUCUGACCUUUGCUCAGAUCUUUAACCAUUGUGUCAUCCUAUUGUAUAUUAUAAUCCAUUGCCAAACAGUUUACCUGUGCUGUGGAUAUGUGUAUUUCUGGUUUUGGGGUGAAUGUUGUUUUCUUCUUGAAGGUUCUUUAUUUUCAUCUUGGCUGUUUAAAUCCAGUUAUUUUGCUUUUUGAGAUCUGUACUUUUGUAAAUGUGGUUAUACAUGGUAUAUGAGUAAUAAAUGGUAUAUGAUGGUAUAUAGUA